AUGACGCAGCAAGAAGAGAUGACACUUCAUCUUGUUGGUGUAGGUGUCUCCCAUUCCAUUGCCCCAGCAAUGCACAACUACAUCGCAAAGUCGUUCGGCCUCCCAUGGACGUUCUAUUCGACAGAGUGUCCGGUGAUUGAAGACCUAGUCACCUUAGCCACUAAAUCUACUACGUCCGGCCUGGUAGUCACGAUGCCAUACAAAAACUCAAUUAUGCCAUUCCUGGAUGAGUUGGAUGAACUCGCAACCAUCAUUGGUGCUUGCAACAAUGUUUACUACAGAGGCGACAAGGUCAGGCGCCUAUGCGGCACCAACACCGACUGGAGAGGAGUUAAAGGCUGCCUCUUGGAAAAGGGAGAAGAAAAGGAUCGGCCUUCAGCAGCACAUCCUGCCUCUGCUUUGAUUGUGGGAGCGGGUGGAGCAAGCCGGGCAGCUGUGUAUGCUCUCAUCGAGCACCUUCACUGUCCGACGAUUUAUAUUUUGAACCGAGACGACCGGGAGGUAGAGGAUCUCAUCAGGGACUCGAGACGACUUCCAGCAGCCCCGAAGAUCAUUCACGUCAAGACCGUGGAUGAAGCCACGAGACUGACCAGCCCAUACUAUGUCGUGGGGACUGUGCCAGAUAUUGAGCCAACCACAGUGCCCGAGCUGGCUGUUGCUUCAAUUCUGAAACACUUUCUUUCCCGCCCAGAGAAAGGGGUAUUGCUGGAUAUGUGUUUUAAGCCACGGCGGACAAGAAUGAUAAAGUUGGCCGAGCAACUGGGUUGGCCAUGCGUGGACGGAACGCAUGUUAUCGGUUACCAGAUCGAGGAGCAAUGGCGCUUGUGGGCUGGAGAGGAGCGGGUUCAGAAACUGGAUCGAGAAGGGGCCUGGAAUGUCCUAUUGAAGGCUGCUGCGGAUACCAAAGGAAUCAAUUUCUAG